AUGGCAACGCCCGUGACGACGACAUCGUACAAGAUAGCACCUCCAGACUCUUUCUCCUUCAAACCCAACGAGUGGCCGGCAUGGAAGCGAAGAUUUCUUCGAUUUCUGUCGGCUUCCGGAUUGCAAGGACAGAAGGAGACCAACUUGGUGGACACGCUCGUCUAUGUGAUGGGACAACAAGCCGAAGACAUCCUUCAAACGUUCAAGCUCAAAGCCGAGGAAUCAACCAACAUCACAAAGGUACUGGAAAAAUUCGAAGAGUAUUUCGUACGUAGACGAAACGUGAUUUACGAGCGAGCCCUUUUCAACACUCGAACCCAAAGGGAAGCCGAAUCCGUGGAAAAUUUUGUAACUGCUCUCCACGUCUUAUCGGAAACUUGCGACUAUGGCGAGUUAAAAGAGGAUCUGAUCCGAGACCGUCUAGUAGUAGGACUCCUCGAUCGCAAGCCGUCUGAGAAGCUGCAGCUGGAUCCGGAACUCAACCUCCACAAAGCGCUGGUAACGGCCCGACAGCAUGAAGCGGUUCGAAAGCAGCAGGCUCACCUUCGACCGAGUCCCGAAAAAGACGGCAACAUCGAUCGCAUUAUUAAACACCCAGGGGGUAACAGAUCAACCACGAAGAAACACCACCAAAAAGCUUCAGAGAGCUCAGAGAACUCCAGAAGCAAGACAUGCCGUUGGUGCGGCAGGGAUCCACAUCCGAGACAGCAGUGUCCUGCGAAAACUGCCAUCUGCAACAAGUGCAAAAAGAAAGGACAUUUCGCACUCGUGUGCAGAUCCUCCUCAACAGUGCACGCAAUUGAAGCACAGCAGGACGUUGGCUUCGUAGGCAUCGCUGGAGGAGAUAGCAGCACAAGAUGGGAUAUAUCAGUGCUCCUAAACGGUAGGCCACACUUUUUCAAAAUAGACACGGGAGCAGAUGAAACUGUUAUAUCUUAUGAAACGUUCUGCCAGCACCGUAAGCCAGGCAUCACGCUUACAACCCCCAAAAGACAGCUACACGGUCCCGACGGCAAACCACUCCAAAUCGAAGGAACGGUUGAUUGUGACCUUGAGCUAAAUGGCAAAACGGCAAAACAAGUGAUCUACGUGGUGAAGGGACUUACGAAGUCGUUGCUUGGAAAACCAGCAAUAGAAAAGUUUUGCUUGUUCCCACAAGUGAACAACGUGGCUUCUACCCCUCGUGUCGGGGGCACCGAGACAGUCCACCUCUGCAAUCCGCGUAAGGACUUCCCUCAGCUCUUCAAAGGACUCGGUAACUUCAAGGAGGAAUAUACCCUUGCUCUCAAACAAGAUGCAAAACCGUAUGCUGUCGUUUCUCCGCGCCGAGUGCCACUCCCUCUCUUCAAAAAGACACGGGAAGAAUUAGAACGAAUGCGGAAGCUUGGGGUUAUCUCACCAGUAGAUGAGGCAACAGAAUGGUGUGCUCCAAUGGUGGUGGUUCCGAAACCGUCAGGAAACAUCCGUAUCUGUGUUGACCUAUCAGAACUCAAUCGACAUGUGCACCGCGAAUGGCACCCCAUACCCUCAGUAGAGCAGACAUUAGGACAGCUCUCAGGUGCAAAAAUAUUCUCGCGGCUGGAUGCUAACUCUGGCUUUUGGCAAAUUCCUCUUAAUGAGAAUAGCCGACUGCUCACGACAUUCAUCACACCGUUCGGGAGAUUUUGCUUCAAUCGCCUCCCGUUCGGCAUCAGUUCGGCGCCAGAACACUUCCAGAAGAGAAUGGCGAGGAUCUUAGAAGGCCUCGAAGGGGUACUCUGCCACAUGGAUGACGUCCUGAUCUACGGUGGUACAGAAGAGGAACAUUCCCAGCGACUGAGGAAAGUGCUACAACGAUUAGACGACGCACAACUUACCCUGAAUUCCGAGAAUGUCCGCAACUGGAGUCCUCCCUGGAGCCGAUCAUGCACAGUUGCGAGUUCGUGA